CUUCCCCGUACUCUACCUCUUAUUUUCUCUCGUUUCCCUUCGUAAUUUCCCUGGAUGUGGCUCUCAACGACCACAGCACUAGUGCUAGUGCUCGCUUCCAUUCAGCUCAACACUUGCUACGCUCAACAGUCACAAGAACUCGAACGUCGCUUUUCUGUAGAUGGAGCUGUUGCAGAGGCGUAUGAUUAUGUUGUCGUUGGCGGUGGGCAGUCGGGGUUGGCUGUAGCUUCCCGACUUACGGAGGAUUCAUCAGUGUCAGUGUUGGUUAUUGAAGCCGGCGACAACGGGGACGCGCUCAGGAAGGAUAUUGACACUCCUUCUUCAACCUACUUCAAACCAAUCACUGGCACGAACAACGAUUGGCAAUAUCAGACGCUUCCUGAGAAUAACACCAAUAAUCGUAUUGUGUGGUGGCCUCGAGGAAAAGUAGUGGGAGGUACUUCUGCCAUGAACGCGAUGUACAUGGUACGACCUUCUCAGCUCGAAGUUGACGCGUGGGGUAAGGUGGCGGGGGAUUCAAAUAGAUGGGGUUGGAAUUCGCUUUUGGCCGGGAUGAAAAAGUCAGAAACGUUCACACCACCCCAGGAUGACGUGAAAAAUAUCGCCAAGAUUCAGUUUGACGCUAGUAGCCAUGGAACCAACGGGCCUAUUCAUACCAGCUACCCACCUUUUGGAUUCGUACAGUACGGCCAAUUCCUCGAUGCCAUGAACAAUGUAGGAAUCUGGAACAACCCCGACGCCAUGUCUGGCAAGAACUGGGGAGCGUGGACGACAGGCACUUUCAUUAACCCAGCAAACUGGACCCGUUCGUACUCCCGAACCGGUUAUAUUGACGUAUUGCCACAACGCGCCAAUCUCAACAUCAUCACCAGUUCCACCGUUACCAAGAUACUCUUCCGUUCUGAUAGUGACUCGACGGCUACCGGUGUAGAGUUCGCUCGGGGAAAGGAUGCGGCGAGACAGACGGUGAAGGCGAACCGAGAAGUUAUACUAUCAUCGGGGGCUAUCGGGACUCCACAUCUGUUGCUUCUCAGUGGGAUUGGACCGAAAGAUGUGUUGACCGCUGCUGGCGUCAAGGUUCAGGUUGACCUUCCGGGUGUGGGACAGCAUCUUCAAGAUCAUAUUACCAACUCGGUUACCUGGAACACAACCGUUGAUACAGCUGGGUCACUUUUCAAAAGUGGUACGAAAUCAGCAGAAUUCCUUGCUCACGUCAACUCUGGGGUUGCAUAUAUAAAUGCAACUUACCUCUUCGGCGACGCCGCCACGUUUCAAAAGCAGGUUGCUGACCAAUAUACCUCAUCAUUGUCGACAGCACUGCUCUCCCAAGAUCCUACGGUUGUUGAAGGCUACAAAACGAGAUACGAUGUCAUUUCCAAGCAGAUUAUUCCCAGUGAAGUUGGUUUAGUGGAGCUCUUGAUCAACUUGAUGGGUGAAACGACGACAUCCAUUGGCGUUGCCCUCCAACAUCCUCUGAGUCAAGGUCGCGUCUACAUCAACUCCUCUUCAGUCUUCGACCCUCCUCUUAUUCAGCCUAACUAUCUGGCUCACCCUGCUGGUUUGCAUUUUUUUGCUCGCUUUGGUUUUCCUCCUGAGGUUCUCCCAAUUGACAUCUUUUCUCCUCUAGACAUCGUUAUGCUCCGAGAAGGCCUCAAACUUGCCCGCAGACUUGGCUCGACCUCACCCUUCAACACUACCCUGCGCAACGAAACUUCUCCCGGAUCAAAUGUCCAGUCAGACGAAGACUGGGAUAAAUGGAUUGCUGCAACCACGUGGACGCAGUUCCACCCCGGCUGUACUGCUGCUAUGUUUCCAAAGAACCAAGGAGGUGUUGUUGAUACCUCUUUGAAGGUUUACGGAACGAACAAACUGCGUGUCGUCGACGGCUCCGUGUUUCCGUUCCUUUUCUCUACACAUCUGGGUGCUCCAACAUACGGUGUAGCAGAAAUCGGGUCGACUAUCGUCGCAUCUGCAAAGAACUCAGCCGUGUCCUCCAUACCAAAAGGCUCGUGGUCGUGGUUAGGUCUGUUCGCAUUCAUUGGCAUUGUAAUGUCCGCGUAGACUUGAGCUACUUUUCUGUUGUUUCCCUCCCCCCCUCCCCUAUUCCCAUCUCACUUUGCUCGAUCUUUACAACAGAUCUCUUUCAUGGACUGCCCUCAUCAAAAGGACAAUAAUUGAUUUAUCGGUCGCCACCACCGGAGACUUUAAAAAAAUACCACAUACUCGGACUGGCAUGACGUUCGUUUUAGAUAUUUGGACUAUGACCCUUUUGAAAUCUAUUAAUCUUCCACUCGAAGCAUCAAAUUUGAAUACUCAUCCCUCAUCCAUCGACUUGUGUAAACGGACAGGUCCUAUUUUUCUUUUUUUUUUUUCUGCUUCUUUCUUCAUGGAGAACUUUUCCGAAAACGAUGUAAAUCACGACAUUUUCUUCCCUUUCUGCGUUCGUGAUUUAUUUAUUUUUUGUCCGUAAUGGUAUUGUUUACUGGAGUUGUUUUUGCAAGUACCGUACAUGUGAUGUCUUGGUUGAAUGGAUUUUUGGUGUGAGACGAAAAGAAAGGCGG